AUGUCGGGUGAGGUGCCAGCUUCAAUUCAAGCUAAAGAGGUCUCGGUUCAGCAAUUCCUGUCUUCUCUUACAGCAAAUGUAACAAUAUUUGCUAUAUUUACAUUGUCGUUUAUUGUUCUAAGACAACAUUUUAAAAGGAUUUAUCAACCAAAGGCGUCGUUUAACUUAAUAAAUGAAGAGAAAGUUCCUGAGCCGCUGCCCAAUGGUUUGUGGAGGUGGCUUCCAGCGCUUCUGAAAAAGUCUGAUGAAUUUGUUAUACAGCAGGCAGGCCUUGAUGGUUACUUUUUCCUAAGGUUUCUAUACGUCAUAGCUGUAUAUUCGUUUGUUUCUACAUGCUGGUUGUUACCACUGCUGCUGCCAUUGAAUGCUUUAGCUUCAGAUAGCGGCGAUGGAUUGCAUAAAUUGUCUUUUCCUAGUAAACCCGUGGAUCAUGGAUCGAAAUGGACUAGAAAUCAUCAUUAUGCUUACGUGUUUGCCGGAUGGGUAUAUUUUUGGGGGUUCCUAUUUGUUAUCUACCGAGAAUUGAUGUAUUUCACCUCAUUGAGACACGCUGUAUUGACAUCUGUUAGAUACGCCAAGAAAUUGUCGUCAAGAACGGUUCUGUUUCAAUACGUUCCAGAACAAUAUUUAUCGGAAGAUGAAUUCUCGAAGCUAUUUGACGGUGUCAAGCGUGUAUGGAUUACCAGAGCUUCACGAGCCCUUGCUGCCAAGGUUAAGGAGCGUGACAGCUUAGUGAUGAAGCUCGAGGCUGCAGAGACCACAUACUUAAAGAAAGCGGUCAAGAACGCUUCCAAAAGAAGUAUUAAGAAGGGUGAGAUCAUUUCCAGUGAUAUUACGGAUUACGUGCCUGUAAAGAAUAGGCCUAAGCAUAGAACCCGCUUUCUGAUUGGUAAAAAAGUAGACACUAUUGAACAUACUAAGGAACAAAUAGCUAAGUUGAAUGUUGAAGUAAAAGAAUUGCAGUCUAACCACAUGUACGCGGAAGCUUUUUGUUCUGUUUUCGUGGAAUUCGACUCACAGUUCUCCGCGGAAGUUGCCCGGAGCAGUGUUGCGUAUCAUGUUCCUUUCAUGAUGACUUCAACUACCACUGGUAUCGAACCCUCAGAUGUAGUUUGGUUUAAUAUGCGAGUAAGAUGGUGGGAGCAUUUAAUUCGUCGUGUACUCUCUUUAUUCCUAAGUAUUGGAUUGACGAUCUGUUGGAUAUUCCCAGUUAUAUUUGUCGGUACAUGGUCUAAUAUUCAAUAUCUGACUGAGAAGGUGGAAUGGUUGAGAUUCCUCAAUAAAUUACCAGAAUCGAUUUUAGGUCUCUUGACUUCUUUUACCCCUACUAUUGCAUUAGCAGUUUUGAUGAUGUUGUCGCCAAUAGUAAUCAGGAAAAUCGCAAUUAUAUCUGGUACUCAAUCUCUUCAGCAAGUAGAAUUAUUUACACAGACAGGGUUUUUCACUUUUCAAGUUAUACAUGUGUUUUUGGUAACUACUUUAGCAUCUUUCGCAACUUCAAUCAUAGUUAGAUUGAUUAAAGAUCCAAGUUAUGCUAUUUCUAUAUUAGCGGAGAAAUUACCUAGUGUCCCAAAUUUCUACUUGUCAUAUGUUCUUCUACAGGGUCUCUCAGUGUCUGGUGCAGUGCUUCUUCAGCUUGUUCCGUUACUAGUAUAUUAUUUCUUGGGACUUUUUGACAAUACUGCCCGGAAAAAGUGGAACCGCUUCACUGACCUCAUUAAACCGGAGUGGGGUACAUCUUUCCCAUUGUAUACUAACUUGGCCGUUAUUGUUAUGUCAUAUGCCAUUGUUUCUCCCCUCAUUUUGGCCAUUUGUGCCGUUGCAUUUGGUUUGCUGUACGUUGCAUACUUGUACAAUUUGACCUAUGUUCAGCAAGAAUCUCCUGAUUGUCGCGGUAUGCACUAUCCUAGAGCUUUAUUUCAGACAAUCACUGGAUUAUACAUUGGGCAAAUCUGUAUGCUUGGUUUGUAUGCUACAGGUCGUCAUUGGGGUACUAUUACACUGCAAAUUAUUUGUAUUGCAUUUACAGCGUUCAUCCAUAUCCACUUAAAUAUGGCAUUCGACGUAUUCAAACGGCAAUUGCCUUUAGAUACCAUGAAAGCUCUUGAUGGAAAAUCGGAAACUCCAUCUUAUAAACCUCGCACUGUACAGACCGGCAAGGAGAGUAUUAAAGAAUUGCCUAAAUUCCCCCUUAGACGUUAUCACCCUCGUAACAGUACUGGACCUAACGAACAGGAAACUUCUAUAUUCAGUGAGAUCACAUAUGAGUUUCAAGAUCAAAAAUGUACAGACACGAAAAAUGGCUUCUUUGACGUUCCUUUACUUGCUGAUGGAACGUUUUCAACGAUCCCACAUGCUCCAUUUUGGAAACGGUUCUUCCUUCCACACAUCUACUGUUCUUUCAAAGCUGUGAGGUCUAAAGUCCCUGACAUUUAUAACGUACCUGACCCUAAUGAAAAGCUUGAUGAUGCCGCAAAUGAACUAGCAUAUUGCUAUCCUGCAGUUUCAGCAAAAUGUCCUGUUGUAUGGCUUCCCCGCGAUCCAUACGGCUUUAGUGCAGUUGAAAUAGCCAAGCUUUCAGAUGUGGUGGAAGCAAGCGAUUCUGGUGCUGUAAUGGACGAAAAUGGUAAGAUAACCUGUACUUCAGGGUCUCCAGAUCAACAUCUCAACCCAGAUUUUUAUUGA